AUGGUUUCUGCUAUAGAACCAAUUGCAAUUGUUGGCACAGGCUGUCGCUUUCCAGGAAACUGUUCCUCGUCAGCACGUUUGUGGGAACUGCUGCGCAGUCCUCAAAAUGUAGCGUCCAAAGUCCCUGCAGAUCGGUUCAACGUCGAUGCCUUUUACCAUCCGGACGGAACUCAUCAUGGAACUACCAAUGUUAAAGAAGGUUAUUUUCUUAAGGAAGAUGUUCGCGCCUUCGAUGCAUCUUUUUUCAAUAUUUCUCCGACAGAGGCAGCCUCGAUGGACCCACAGCAACGUCUUCUGUUGGAAACAGUGUACGAGUCACUUGAGAGCGCCGGGCUUCAAAUGGAAGCUCUCCAAGGUUCAUCAACGGGUGUUUUCUGCGGCUUUUUGAGAAAUGAUUAUAGUCAAAUCCAGACGACAGAUAGAGAUGCUUUACCUGCCUACAUGGUCACUGGAAAUUCUCCCUCGAUCAUGGCAAACCGAGUAUCUUACUUCUUUGAUUGGAAAGGACCAUCAUUUGGCAUGGAUACCGGUUGUUCAUCCAGUCUUCUCGCCGUCCACUUGGCUGUUGAGGCCUUGCACAGGGGUGAUUGUUCGAUGGCCAUGGCAGUGGGCAGCAACCUGAUAUUGUCGCCAACGCCCUUUAUCGCGGACUCAGCGACGGGGAUGCUCUCUCCCACUGGGCGGAGUCGCAUGUGGGAUGAGAGUGCAGAUGGUUACGCUCGUGGUGAAGGUGUGGCGGCUGUCGUCUUGAAGCGAUUGAGCGAUGCUCUUGCUGACGGGGAUGAGAUUGAAUGCCUGAUUCGCGCUACCGCAGCCAACGCUGACGGUCGGACAAUGGGCAUCACGAUGCCGAACGGAAAUGCCCAACAGGAACUCAUCCAUAACACUUAUACUAAAGCUGGGCUUGAUCCUAAAAACUCCGAGGGGCGAUGUCAAUAUUUUGAAGCACAUGGCACAGGCACCCAGGCUGGCGAUCCGCAAGAAGCAGGAGCCAUCUUCAACGCAUUUUUUGGAGAUUCACCCACAACAGACUUGAAGGCGGAGGAAAAGCUGUACGUGGGGUCCAUCAAAACCGUUAUUGGACACACCGAAGCAACCGCAGGUCUGGCAGGCUUGAUCAAAGCCUCCCUAUGCCUUCAACAUUCCGAAAUUGUUCCAAAUAUGCUUCUUGAGAGACUCAACCCGAAGCUGAGCUCAUUUAUGUCCUGUCUCCACGUGCCUACUGAGAAUAUGCCAUGGCCAAAACUACCCGCCGGUGCCCCUCGUCGGGCUUCAGUGAACUCAUUUGGAUUUGGAGGAGCCAAUGUCCAUGCCAUCUUAGAGAGCUACGAUGCCCCUGCCACAUCCCCACCGACUCAUUCACUACCGUUUAUCCUGCCCUUCACCUUCUCCGCUGCAUCUGAAAGGUCUCUUGGUGCCGUCUUACAACAGCACGGCAGGUAUCUACAAGAUGCCAAAGAGGAACAUUUGCUGGACUUGGCCGCCACCUUGGGCAAUCGACGAUCUGUCUUCAGCCAUCGCGUUAACCUCACUGCAAGCUCACUGGAGGACUUAAGAUCUAAAGUACAACACGAGAUUGAGCAAAACACGACUGAAUACUCGUCAACUGUGAUAUGUCGUAGCAAGGCUCGAAGCCACAGCGUGCUCGGCGUUUUCACUGGUCAAGGAGCUCAAUGGCCCCAGAUGGGACUUGACUUGAUUAUGGCCUGCCCCGAGGCUCGAAUGUGGAUCGAUGAAAUGCAAGAAUCUUUGAACCGACUCCCUGCCGAGUAUCGACCAAACUUCGUCAUGAUGGACGAGUUGUCAAAGCCUAAGGAUAAGUCUCGUGUUCACGAGGCCGCUAUCUCUCAGCCUCUUCGAACAGCCAUUCAAAUCAUUCAGGUUAAUUUUCUUCGAGCUCUUGGCAUCAGCUUCACUGCAGUUGUUGGUCAUUCAUCCGGUGAGGUUGCGGCGGCAUAUGCCGCUGGCCUACUUAACUCCUCGGAUGCUAUUCGUAUCGCAUAUCUGCGCGGAAAUGUCGCAAAGUACGCAGGCUCAACUGGCCAGCAGGGGGCCAUGAUGGCUGUCGGUCUUUCAGGGGGUGAUGCGGAUGCCAUUUGCUCACAAGAAUCGUACGUGGGUCGAGUCAGCGUAGCAGCCUACAACUCUCCGUCGAGUGUUACGCUUUCCGGUGAUCAAGAUGUUCUGACGGAGCUGGAAUGGCUGCUAAGAAGCUUAGGCCGUCAGGUGAAGGUCCUUCGUGUGGACACAGCGUAUCAUUCACACCAUAUGCUCCCAUGCGCAGAACCUUAUCUGAAGGCUUUGAAGAAGUGCAACAUAUCAAUCCAACGGCCACAGACUUCGCGGUGGUUUUCCAGUGUGUUCAACGGGCGAGAGAUGAUGUCAGAUGACGAUUCUCUUCAAGGCGAAUAUUGGAAGGAGAACAUGGUGCACUCAGUAGAGUUUUCUCAGGCCAUGGCGAUGGCAGUUGAUCAGAUUUCUGGCCCAGACUUGAUCAUGGAGGUCGGUCCUCAUCCUGCUCUCAAAGGACCUGCGAUUGAGACACUGUCCACGAUCCAAACGGACACGCAGAUACCCUACAUAGGACUCACAAAGCGCGAUAGUAGCAGUAUUGAGUGUUUUGCCGCAGCGAUCGGCUCCCUGUGGACCUAUUUAGAAUCGGGAUGCAUGGACUUACCCAAGUAUGUGUCUCUCUUUGAUCCUGCUUAUCAUCUGAAGUUUGUCAAAGACCUCCCUUCGUAUCCCUUCGAUCACAGAGAACAGUUUUGGGCCGAGUCUCGUCUGUCAAAAGCUGUUUCUCAUCGAUCCAAUCCUCCAAACUGUCUUCUCGGCGUCCUCUCCCCCGACAGUGGCAAGGAGGAGCAGGUAUGGAGAGGCUAUUUGCGACGAGAUAGCCUCCAAUGGCUCAUCGGUUACGAGAUCCGGUCACUGCCCUUGUUUCCACCAAGCGGAUACAUCUCGCUAGCUUUAGAGUCGGCCAAGUUGAUUGCUGGACAAGAACAACUCCAGCUCCUCGAGGUCCAAGAUCUCGCCAUCGAGAACGACCUACCAAUUGCAGACAAUACCACUGGUGUUGAGAUUGUCUUCAAAGUCGGUAGCCUACGCACAAACGGGAAGCAUAUUCAUGGCACUUUCAAUUGUCAGGCUGGAGUGUCCGGGAAACUGAUAUCUUGCGCAUCAGGUGUUCUGACAAUGACAUUGGGUAGCGCUGACGCCGCAGCGCUCCCAGCACGAAGAUCCUCACUUCCAGAUAUGCGGGCUGUUGAUAUUGAAGAUUUUUACUCAGCUCUCACUCGCUUAGGACAUCUCUAUUCUGAAGAUUUCAAAUGCCUGAAAGCCCUCUCCCGCAGGAGAGAUGGUGCCUGUGGCUCCGCCCUCAACUCGAUUGAGAGAAAGCCCGGGUCUCCGCUGCUCCAUCCAGCCACGGCCGAAACCAGCUUUCAGGUGCUUAUGGCCGCACUCGAGAAUCCCAGCAAUAGCCAAUCUUCUAUACUGUACCGCCCAACGCUCAUCCGGCGUACAGUCAUCAAUCUUGCCCUUUGUGAUAGCCCUGAACUGAUGUUGGACGCGUCCAUUCUUCACGUCGAGCCAGAGGGCAUACAUGGUGUUGUGGAUGUCUUCAACUCCACUGGCCAGGGAGUUAUGCAGCUGGAAGGAGUCCAUCUAGUUCCCCUACUAGAGGAUUUGGCAGAUGUACACUCUGCUACACUCUUCUCUGAGACUGUCUGGGGACCCGUGAAAUUGGAUGCUACACUAGGAGCUUCUGACUGCGCUCCCAAUGUUGCCUCUUCUCUGGAACUGAGGGAAAGGUUAACAUUCCUUCAUCUUCGAAAUAUUGGUGACCAGCUUUCUCUGAAAGCACGUCAAAAUCUGGAUAAACCUCGUGCAUUCUUCGUCGCAUGGAUGGAUCAUGUGUUAGCCGCAGUUCGUGAUAACGACCACCCUACAUGCCGAUCAGAGUGGCUGGGCGAGAAUCUCCAACAUUUCCUCUCGAUAGAUCAUGGGCUCCAUCAAAGCGAGCUGUUGGCCAUGGACAAGAUCUGCCGAAGUAUCAGUGCACGACUCUUAUGUAUGGGGGACACCCAGGAAGAUGUGUUUGUCAACGAAGCGCUGGCAGAGUAUUACCAAACUUCUCGCGAAUUUUCAUCCUUGUGCGACCGUCUCGUUAAGGUGGUUGGUCAAAUUUUGUUUCUCUUCCCCCGAUUGAACGUUCUUGAGGUUCGUAGGGGGACUGACCUCGUUACCAAGCGCCUCUUGCGAGAGUUUGGCCAUGCAUUCCACUCCUACACUUGCACAGACACAAGCGAUGUACCCCCAGCGCGUAAGGAGUCACAAAAUGCUCAAAGUAAGAGGCUGAUUUCAUACACCUCUUUGGACCUAUGCGAUGAUAUCGUCGUUCAGGGCUACCAAGAGCAUUCGCAGGACUUGGUAGUGAUUACCAAUUCUGGGCAUGGGUCCUGUUCAUUGCCUGUGACCAUCAGCAAUAUGCGACGCCUUCUGAAACCUGGAGGAUAUAUUGUUAUCAUUGAAACUACAAAUCCUACUUUGGUCUAUCCCAAGUUCUUCUCGGGGACACCUCAAAAUUGGAAAGAGUCAGUCCGCACAAGAUCAGAAUGGAAUACGCUUCUUCUUAGCGGUGGUUUCAGUGGCAUUGACACCGCGAACCCAGCUCAUGAGGCCGCAAUCUUGAACAUGUCCCUCUUUGUGUCCCAGGCUGUAGAUGAUCAAAUCCAGCUGCUGCGCAGUCCCUUGUCUAUGUGCUCCGCUGUUGCCAACCAGGAUCUAUUUUUUGUUUGUGAAACCAAUGAUGAUAUGGAGCCUCUGAGAAACUCCCUUUAUGGACUCUUGAAACCACGUUUCAAUCAUAUCGUCUCCGCUGAAAACCUCGAUGCUAUGGAAUUCGAGGGGUUCUGCGCUCCAACUGUCCUCGUCUUGACCUACAAGAACGAUUCGUGGUUCCAGACAAUCACCAACGAGCAGUGCCGUGCCUCUAUUCAGAAAACUUUCAAGGCAGCUGGCAAACUCCUCUGGGUUACAGUUGAUGCCCAAGUUGAUCCCUACAGAGCUAUGACGAAUGGUAUGUUACGAAGUAUAUCCCUGGAAUAUCCUAGUGUGACUUUCCAACAUUUGGAAAUUCCAAAUCCGAAUGCCGUCAGCUUCAAGAUCUUGGCUACGGCAUUGAUGCGAUUAGUCCAUACCAAGUUCGAAAACAACUGUCGACUAUCAGGGGUCGUUACGGCAACGGAGCCCGAAGUUCGCUAUGUUGAUGGUGCUUUCCUUGUUCCCCGACAGCAAACUAGCUCUUUUCCUAACAAGAGAUAUCUUGCUCAUACGCAUGUUGUGGAUGGUGAUGUCGGCAUUGAGCAUAUACUUAUUGAGCCAACCAAGCCAGAGAGGCUUGACAGUCCUGUUCGUGUCGUAGCACACUCUACAACUUCUUCGUACAGCCCCCAAUCUCCCCGAGUCACUCUCCGUGUGCAGUAUUCUACUUUGCGAGCCGUGAGAGUCGAUACCGCCGGCUAUCUUUAUUUGGUUGUCGGGCGUGAUGUACAGUCUCAAUCCCGCUUCCUAGCCGUGACAGACAAAAACGCAGGGCUAAUCUCUAUCGACGUGUUGCGCACUCGACCAAUCCCAAGUUGGAUUCCUGAAGGCCAGGAGGAUGAUCUCCUUCUAUUCAUAACUUGUGCCCUUAUCGCCGAACAGAUCUUAAGCGAGGUCCACCCCGGAACAUCUCUCCUUGUCCAUGAACCCGAUUCCGCGCUGUAUCAAGCUCUCGCCACUGCUGCCCCGCUGCACAUGAUUGAAGUGUUCUUCAGUACUAGCAAAAGCCCACCCGCGAACGGAAUGAUGUUCAUCCACAAGAAUGUCUCCUCGCUGGCUCUAUCACGACAGCUGCCAUCAGACUUGUCCGUCAUUGCCGCAUCAGCGAGCUCUUCUGGCACACUUUUCCGUCGGGCCACCUCAUUACUACGCAAGGACAUUCGACAAGUUGAUAUAGACAAUUUCUUCCGGGCGUCUCCUCAGACACGCCAAGUUCAAGUGAGCGACUUACGUGGCAUUGCUCAUGCUCUAAAGCAAACGCGUGCUCUCCACGAUACCCGUGCUUCUGUAACAGAGGUAGACGCCAUUUCUGGACACCCAGGAGCUCUGGACAAUUUGGAGAUCGUGGACUGGACCGCAUCAAAGCCGAUCCCGGCGCAAAUCAGAUCAGCAAGCUCCCACGUGAGUUUAUCCGCGGCCAAGUCCUAUCUGCUGCUAGCAAUGCAGAAAGAUCUUGCUGUAUCGGUUUCUGAGUGGAUGGUGGCCCGGGGCGCGCGGCAUGUGGUGCUUGCAGGCACCGCCUCGGAUAUCAAUGUUGAUAAAGGGUGGGUGGAAGAGAUGGCCAGCAGGGGAGCCUGUAUUCAUUGCUUGCCAACUGAUAUCUCAGAACGGCAGUCUGUGCUGCUUUUAGAGCGUUUCACCUGUGCACUUCCUCCAGCGGGAGGAAUAAUAUAUGGUGCUUUGGCCCGGCUUCCGGCCGACAAUCUCUUCCCAAUGGCUCGUCAGAAUAGAGAUGUGAGCCCCAUAACAUCUCUAUUGGAAAGUAGUAUCCUACUGGACGAACUGUAUAAUCACCCGGCUAUGGACUUUUUCAUCUUUGUCGGCAGCCUCUCUGGUCAGUUCAAUCAUGCAAACAUGGUAGAAUGCGCUGCUGCCUCGGAGUUCUCCUCCGCUCUGAUUCGUCGGCGUCGCUCUCGGGGCUUCAGUGGAAGUAUUGUCUUUAUGUCACAGAUCCCGGAUCCCAAAUCCGAAUCUAAGUUCCUUGGUGAGAAGUACCUGUCUGAGCAUGAUUUGGAUGAGGUAUUCGCAGAGUCUAUUCUGGCUGGUGAUCCUAAUUCUACCGGGAAUCACGAGAUCACUGCCGGCCUGCGGCCCAUCAAGCCGGAACACACGGAGAUGUCUUGGAAUCGGAUACCCAAGAUGUGGAAUUUCGUACAGCAUCUUGCGGAGUUCAAUUCUGUUUCACCUAGCCACAGCGAGGUCAUCACCAUGAGCGUUCUCCUGGAAAGAGCGACCAGUCAGCGAGAGGUCACCGAAAUCCUCACCUCGCACCUUCUCACACAGCUGCGUACCAAGUUGGGUCUGUCUACGGAGGCGGUCCUUGUACCAGAGACUCAGCUGAGUGAACUGGGUGUAGAUUCUUUGGUGGCUGCCGAUCUGCGGACAUGGUUCCUCAAAGAACUGUCCGUUGAUGUGCCCAUUCUUUUCAUGCUGAGCGGAUCAUCCAUACAGGAAAUUACCAGUAGUGCAGCCGCCAAACUGGAUGCAAGCAGGAUACCGCAUGCACAGUAG